GCAUACUUAAUACAAAUUUACUCAUAUUUAACUUCUUGACUAAAUCCAAAUCUAACAAGGACACGGAAUCAAUAUGUUCGAAGCCUAUAUAUAUAUAUAUAUCUCGUUCGUUCAGAAAUAUUUCACAAGCAAAUAACUGCAAAAACAUAUGCAUUCGACGAGAGUUUAGAGUUUUCUUGUUACCAGCAGACGAAAUUACGGCAUGGAUAACAUUGAUCUUCCUCCGCUAUGUGCAAAGGGUUGCGGCUUCUAUGGUUCGUCGGAAACCAAGAAUUUAUGCUCUAAGUGUUACAAUGAUUUCCUCAAAGAAUUGGUUUCUAAGUCUAAAUCCGAACCGAAAGUUGACACCGCUUUAACUGCACCAUGUCCUUCUGUUCCUGUUGAUUCUUCACUGGCUUCUGCUGCAUCAAAAUUGAAGAACCGGUGUGAAAGCUGCAACAAGAAAGUUGGUUUGAUGGGAUUUUCUUGUCGAUGCGGAAAAGUUUUAUGUGAUGUUCAUCGUUAUCCUCAAGAACAUUUAUGUAACUUUGAUUUCAAGAAAGCUGAUAGAUUGAUUUUGGUUAAAGAAAAUCCCAUUAUCAAAGCUGACAAGCUAGAUUCAAGGAUUUGAAUUUUUUUUUUUGUUACUUUUAAUUGUAAUUUCUCUUACUUGUUG